GGAAGUAAACAGACAGCGCUAGCAGCAUUAGCUAGUAGGUGCACGUUAGCAGUUAGCUGGAAGACGGUAGUGUGGUCGUGUCUCGGGUGAAUGUUCAAGUAGUGGACGGAGCAGUGAUGUCUUCGGUUCAGUAUUUGAGAGAGUUUAUCAGCGAGCGACUAACAGCUGCUGCUGAGGAGAUAUUCACGGUCUUUGAAAAAACCAUCGUCCAGUACGAAGAAGAGGUCGAUCGUCAGCGCAGACUGCUGGAGACCGUUUUGAAACCUGAAAUAAAGCUGCACAGGAUCGAGCUCCCACAGCAGCAUGUCUGUAAGGAGGAGGAGGUUCUCAAUGACCAGCAGCUCUGUCACCAGGAGAGGAACUCCAGUCUGGACCAAGAGGAAAAAGAACCUCCACAGAUUAAAGAGGAACAGGAGGAAAUGUGCACCAGUCAGGAGGGAGAGCAGCUUGUACUGAAGCAGGAGACUGAAACCUGCAUGUUGACUCCUUAUUGUGAGGGGAGUGACCAUAGAGAACCAGAGGAUGAGCACCAGCUCCUCUCUCACAACUCUCCUGUAGCUGAGAGCCACGAUCAGAACAGAAGAAAACAUUUGGAUUCAGGAUCAACAGGAAAUGAAGAACCAAACCCACCGAUGAGUUUUCAUGAAAAUAAAAGUCACGGUUGCAAUGUGGACAACUCUCACAAUUCAGAGAUUAACUCUAAUACUCACACAGGUAAAAAGUCUUUCAAAUGUGACACUUGUGGACAAACUUUUGUUUAUAAGAAUAAUUUGAAGAUUCAUCUGAGAACACACACAGGCAAAAAAACAUAUUUAUGCAAAAUAUGUAGGAAAAGUUUUGUAAGUAGUAGUAAUUUGAAAGUCCAUGUGAGGUUUCACACUGGUGAGAAGCCUUUUUUGUGCAAAAUAUGUCAGAAAAGUUUUUAUACAAGUGGUCACUUGAAGGUUCAUAUGAUAAUUCACACUGGUGAGAAUCCAUAUUCUUGCCAAACAUGUGGGAAAAGGUUUCGACGUCGUGAUGAAUUUAGAAUCCAUAUGAGAAUUCACACAGGUGAGAAGCCAUUUUCUUGUAAAAUAUGUCAGAAAUGUUUUGUGAAAAGUAGUAAUUUGAAAGUCCAUAUGAGAAUUCACACUGGUGAGAAGCCAUAUUCUUGCCAAACGUGUGGGAAAAGGUUUGGACGUAGUGAUGAAUUGAAAUUCCACAUUAGAACUCACCGUUGAGAAGCCACAUUCUUAUGAAACAUUUAUGAAAUGUUUUCGAACUAGUUGAAAUCCUAUUGCACUAUGGAGUAAAGAUAUUAUUUGACAUAUUUGGAAGUCAUACAAGAUGAAUUUGUCUUUUAAAUUUAUGUUGGAGUAGUUUUCAUUACAUCCAAAUGAUCGACAUAUUUUGCCUUCAAAUGUGAAACAAACUGAUGUAGUAUAAGUGUUGUCUCUAUGAAAUGUACCACAUUAAAAAACUUGUAUUUUAAAUGGUAAAUGGAUUUGUAUUUA